UUGUGCGUACAAAACAAGGAAUGCUUGUCAGUGAAUACCAUUGCUUUGGAUCAAUCGCAACAUCAAUGYGAGCUUCUUAACUGGGCAGGGACGGGAUUUGAGAGCCAYCUYKUACCAAAACCAAACUCCAAGUUUAUGCAGAUGCAGACUGCUUGUUCACCCAACCCUUGUCAAAAUGGCGGCCAAUGCACCGUGAAAGAUGGAGGAACAAACUACACCUGUACGUGUAUUGGUCACACUGGAAGGAACUGCGAACAAAUAAAUYGCGUACUAUUUGACUUUGAAUCUGGAAACCUCGACGGUUGGACCCUGACAGGAACAGCAUUCACAUAUCAGCCAACCUAUGGAGAUAAUGCCCUUUUACGAAGCAAGAGAACAUCAAAUCUUAAAGGAGACUGGUACAUAGGAACAUACGAGAAAAGACCCAGUCCUUCUAGUCCAUACGGAAUACAAAAAAAUGCACCUACUGGUACUGCGACCUCUCCGCAUUUUGUAAUCAGAGGGAAAAAAUUAAGGUUUCUAAUGGCUGGGGGMGCCGGARGCAGUCGCGGCCGUUUCGAGUUGCUUAUCAGCGGAUCAGUCGUCAGAACUGAAAUCAACACAGUGAGCACCAAUGGCAUGACUCAAAGAGAGUUCGAUGUGUCAUCUUUCAGAGGACAGGAAGCCCAAGUUCGAAUCGUCGAUGGUUCGUCAGGCUAUUGGGGUUUGAUCAAUGUUGACCACAUCGAGGACAGUUAUUGCAACGAUUAA